UCAAGACAUCAAUUUAUGGUGCCAGUUAUUCUUCAGACAAAAGAUACUGUUGAAUCUCCAUUGAAGUUGGCAGGCAUCUCUUCUGCAGAAUAUUGCAUAUGCUGUAUUGUUCCCUGGUCUUAGGUAGCAUCAAAGCAUAUGAAUUUCUCAAGGUACUGGUUGCAAACACCUAAUUUAGAGGCUUGAACAUUUUAGCAAGCCCAACAUGUCCAUCCAGUUUCAACAUCAGCAAUUACAAGCUAGAUAAGAGGCUUUACAAUGAUUCAUCACUCUCCAGUUGCUCAGUCUUUUUCCAAUUCAAAACCACCUUUGGCUGAGAAACCAUCCAAGGAUCACCCAAGAAAUAAAUGUGAAGAGAGCUCCACCACCUCUGUCUACCAAGCCAAAGUAGCAGAUUUGUCGUGCAAGGUAAAUGUGACAUGGUGCAAAAGCCUCAUUGAUCAUUCCCUCAGCAUCCAUGUAGAAAACCCUUCUGCUGAAAAUCACCACACCUGCAAGAUUGAUCUUGAUAUUUUGCACUUUUGGAACAAAAAGGGUCUGAAAUCUUUUGAAAUAGAUGAAAAAAGGGUUGAUUUCUUCUGGGAUUUUCGCGAAGUGAAAUUCUCCAACAGCCCUGAGCCAUGCUCAGAUUACUACUUAGCCAUGGUGUCCAACAAAGAGGUGGUCUUAUUGCUAGGAGAUCUUAAGAAUGAAGCUUAUAAGAGAACCAAUUCAAAGCCAUCCUUAGAAGAGGCAACAUUGGUCUAUAAGAAAGAGAAUGUAUAUGGGAAGAGGCUGUUCUGCACCAAAGCCAAGCUAGGUGAAGGGAAAAAAGAACACGAUAUUGUGAUUGAGAAUGCUGUUUCUGGAUUUGGUGAUCCUGAAAUAUGGAUUAGUGCAGAUGGGAUUGUGUUGAUUCGGGUAAUGAACCUGCACUGGAGGUUUAGGGGGAAUGAAACAGUGUUCCUCAACAAUUUGCCUAUCCAAAUUUUCUGGGAUGUUCAUGACUGGCUAUUCAACAGCCCCAGUUUAGGCCAUGCCUUAUUCAUAUUCAAGCCAGGGGCACCAGAAUAUUCAUCGGACUCUGAUCUGGAUGGUACAAACCACAGUGGAGAGGCUGUUGGCAGUGACAUAUAUGACUCGCUGUGGACCACCACCUCAGCUGCAGACUUCUGCCAUUUUCUAUAUGCUAGGCAGAUUGAUUGA